AUCCCGGCCGGCAUGGAGGCGGACCUGAGCCGGCUGAGCGAGGAGGAGAGGAGACAGAUCGCCGCUGUCAUGUCAAGGGCGCAGGGGCUGCCCAAGGGAAGCGUUCCCGCGGCCGCUGCGGAGCCGCCUUCCAUGCACAGGAAACAAGAGUUGGAUAGUAGUCACCCUCCAAAACCACCAGGAAAACCGCCGGACCCUGUGCGUCCAGCUCAGCCUGGUCUCAGUAAAAGUAGAACUACAGACACUUUGAGGUCAGAGCAGAAAUUGCCCGGAAGGAGUCCUUCCACUAUUAGUUUGAAAGAAUCAAAGUCCAGAACUGAUGUUAAGGAAGAGCACAAGUCUGGUAUGAUGCCUGGCUUCCUCUCAGAGGUUAACCCUUUAAGUGCUGUCUCCUCUGUUGUAAAUAAAUUCAAUCCUUUUGAUUUGAUAUCAGACUCUGAUGCAUCCCAGGAAGACGCCAAGAAACAAAAACUAGCUCAGAAGGAACAAGGAAAACCUGAGGGAAUCACAAAGCCUCCAUCACAACAACAGUCACCCAAGUCGAUUCCUAAGCAGCAAGGACCUGUGAGGGCCCCACCUCAGCAGGAUGGCUCUCCCAAAUCAAUAUCUUCUCAGCAAGCAGAAAAAAUGAAAUCACAACCUCCAGGGACAGGAAAGCCAAUUCAGGGACUUACCCAGGCUCCUCAGACAGACCAGACAAAAUUGCCAUUUCAAAGAGAUGCAACUAGGCCUCAGACUAAACAGUCAGACACAGUAAAGGGAGAGUCACUCAAACCCUCACUGCAAAGCCCAUCCAAACCUCCGACUCAGCAAGUAAGUCCUGGAAAACCUCCAGCCCAGCAGCCUGGACCUGAAAAAAUUUCCACACCACAGCCUGGACCUGCAAAAUCCUCAGCUCAGCAACCAGGGCUAGCGAAGACCCUAGCUCAACAGCCAGGGACAGCAAAGCCCUCAGCUCAGCAGCUCACAGCAAAACCCCCAGCCCAGCCACCAGGGGCAACAAAGCCUGCAGCUCAGCAGCCUGGGCCAAAGUCUCCAGCUCAGCCUCCAGGACCAGCAAAGCCCCCUGCCCAACAGAUGGGGCCACCAAAAUCCCCAGCUCACCAACCUGGGCCACAGUCUGCAGCUCAGCCACCGGGGCCUACAAAGACUCCCGCACAGCAAGUUGGGCCAGUGAAGUCUCCGGCUCAGCAGCCUGGGCCAGGAAAGACUCCUGCUCAACAGCCUGGCCCAGCAAAACCCUCAGCUCAACAGCCUGGCCCUGCAAAACCCUCAUCUCAACAGCCUGGCCCAGCAAAGCCCCCGCCUCAACAGGCUGGCCCUGCAAAACCUUCAGCUCAACAAUCUGUCCCAGCGAAACCCUCAACUCAACAGCCUGGCCCAGCAAAACCCUCAGCUCAACAGCCUGGCUCAGCAAAGCCCCCACCUCAACAGCCUGGCUCAGCAAAGCCCUCAGCUCAGCAAUCUACAAAACCAGUAAGCCAAACAGGAGCUGGGAAACCACUGCAGCCGCCGACUUCUCCAUCUGCAGCCCAGAUUCCAGUACAAGGCCUCCCUAAAACCAUCUGUCCUCUUUGCAAUACCACUGAACUUCUGUUGCAUGUUCCAGAAAAGGCCAAUUUUAACACAUGCACUGGAUGUAAAACCACUGUGUGUAGCCUCUGUGGUUUUAAUCCCAAUCCUCAUAUAACUGAGGUAAAAGAAUGGCUCUGUUUAAACUGUCAGAUGCAAAGAGCUCUAGGAGGUGAUCUGGCUCCAAUUCCAUCAUCACCCCAGCCCAAACUGAAGACAGCUCCAGUUAUUCCUGCAUCAGCGGUGAGCAAACCAUCUCCACAGUCACAGCAGAUUUUUCCAAAGAAGGAUACUGCACCCAAACAUGAUAUCUCAAAGGCACCUGAGUCUAAGAAGCCCCCACCACUAGUGAAACAACCAACCCUUCAUGGUUCUCCCCCAGUGACAGCUAAGCAGCCUCCUGUGGCAGAGCCCUCAUCCAAGCCAGCCCCUCCCAAAGAACCUUCUGCCCCAUCUGAGCUGGUCAAGGUCCCCAUGGCUGACGACAAACCAAAGCAGCCCAAGACGGCAAAGCCAGCCACAGACAUUGUGUCUUCAUCAUCAACAGCAACAAAACCUGAUACUCCAGUCUCCAAAGUACCAUCACAGGAUCAAGAGAAAACAGCACCUCCUCUAAAAACAGACUCUGCAAAACCUUCCCAGAGUUUUCCACCAACAGGAGAAAAAGUCACCCCAUUCGAUUCUCAAGUCAUGCCUCGACCUGCAUCAGAUUCGAAAAUUAUUUCACAUCCUGGGCCUAGUAUGGAGAGCAAAGGUCAAAAACAAGCUGAUCCAGCUCAAAAGAAGGAAGAACCCAAAAAAGCACAAACCAAAAUCAGUCCUAAGCCAGAUGCCAAGCCAAUGCCAAAAGGGUCACCGACACCUGCAGGCCCACGACCUACCACUAGCCAAACUGCACCUCCAUCUCAACAGCCACCAAAGCCUCAGGAGCAGUCAAGACGUUUCAGUCUGAAUCUGGGAAGUAUUACUGAUGCUCCCAAAUCACAGCCCACCACUCCUCAAGAAACUGUGACUGGGAAACUCUUUGGGUUUGGAGCAUCAAUCUUCAGCCAGGCAUCAAAUCUAAUCUCCACCGCAGGCCAGCCUGCAUCCCAUUCACAAAGUGGGCCAGGGGGCCCAGCAAAACAAGUCCCUCCUCCUGCACAGCCACCUCCUCAGGGGCCACCCAAAUCUACGGGUCAGGCACCACCAGCACCUGCAAAGGUUACACCGGUGAAAAAGGAAACAAAAGCUCCAGUAGCUGAAAAAUUAGAGCCCAAAGCUGAACAAGUUCCAACAGUAAAAAGAACAGAAACAGAAAAGAAGCCUCUGCCUGUUAAGGAUAGCAAACCUUCUACAGCUGAGCCUCCAAAGGCUGCCCUUCCCCCCAAACUGGAGAAAACCCCCAAACCAGAAUCAGCCUGUCCUCUUUGCAAAACUGAACUCAACAUAGGCUCUAAGGAUCCUCCUAACUUCAACACUUGCACUGAGUGCAAGAAUCAAGUGUGCAAUCUCUGUGGAUUUAACCCUACACCACACUUGACUGAGAUUCAAGAAUGGCUUUGUUUAAAUUGCCAAACCCAGAGAGCAAUGUCGGGACAGCUUGGAGACAUGGGCAGAAUGCCUCCCACACCGUCAGGGCCAAAGGCCUCUCCUGUGCCUGUCCCCACAGAACAGCCACCUCAGAAAACAGCAACACCUGGUCAAGUCAAAGUUAAAAAGAAGGAGCAAGAAGGGAAAGCAGAAGGUGAAAAAACCAUUUCAGAAAAAGCAAAAGAAACACCUUUAGUUGAAAAAAUGUCCCCCAAGGUAACCACAGGUCAAAAACAAGAAGAGAGUAAACAAGAAAAAGACAAAGCUUUACUCCCCCAAGAAAAAAAGGCAACCCCUGAGGACAAAAAACCACUUCCAGAAGAAAAAAAGGCAACCACUGAAGACAAAAAAGCACUUCCAGAAGAAAAAAAGCCAACCCCUGAAGACAAAAAGUUUCCCCCAGAAGCACCAACACCAGCUCUAGGGGAAGAACAGAAACAGGACUUACUUGAAACUCAAGUACAGGUGGCUGAGGAAACGCCUGAAGGCAGAGUGGCUCCGCAGGUGGUGCAGGAAGAGAAACCACCACAGACCAAGACCAAGACCGAGGAUUUCCCACCUGGGGUGCUUCAGAGUUUGCCUGAGGGAGGUGAUGGGACAACUCAAAAGAUGAAAGAUCGGCCACAGGCAGUCUGCACAGCAAAGCCUGAUCAGGUGGAACCUGGGAAAGAAAAAACAGAAAAGGAAGAUGACAAAUCAGACACCUCAAGUUCUCAACAGCCGAAAAGCCCACAAGGUUUGAGUGACACAGGAUAUUCUUCUGAUGGCAUAUCAGGUUCACUUGGUGAAAUUCCAAGUCUUAUUCCAAGUGAUGAGAAGGAUUUGCUCAAGGGACUCAAAAAGGACUCGUUUUCACAAGAAAGCAGCCCUUCCAGCCCCUCGGAUUUGGCCAAGUUGGAAAGUACAGUCCUGUCCAUUUUGGAAGCCCAGGCAAGUACGCUUGUUGAAGAAAGGUCAGAAAAGAAAACACAGCCUCAGCAGGUUUCUCCCGAGCAUCUGAAGGAUGAGCAGAAAGCUCAGAGUUUAACUGAAACCCUGGAUACAACAAUUUCAGAAGAGACGCUCAAAGAGGGUCAAGAAGAAAAAGAUAUGUUUACAAAAGAUGCCCAGCUAGAUGCUCCUUCCAGGAAGGACCCCAAAGAAAAGUCGGAGUUUGUCGAUGACGUAGCUGCAAGAAGACAGCCUUACGAUUCAGUUGAAGACAGUAGUGAAAGUGAAAACUCACCUGUCCCACAAAGAAAACGGAGAACUAGCGUCGGUUCUUCGAGCAGCGAUGAGUAUAAACAGGAAGACAGCCAGGGAUCGGGAGAAGAGGAGGACUUUAUCCGAAAACAGAUCAUAGAAAUGAGCGCUGAUGAAGAUGCUUCAGGUUCUGAAGAUGACGAGUUCAUUAGGAAACAGCUCAAAGAGAUUGGUGGUAGUAUUGAGAGCCAGAAGAAGGAAGAAACGAAAGGGAAAGGGAAGGUCGCGGCAGGGAAACACAAGCGACUGACUCGAAAAAGCAGCACAAGCUUUGACGACGACGCGGGGAGACGCCAUUCGUGGCAUGAUGAAGAUGAUGAGACGUUUGAUGAAAGUCCUGAAAUUAAAUACAGAGAAACUAAAAGUCAGGAGGGUGAAGAACUUGUAGUUGCUGGAGGAGGAGGGCUACGUCGCUUUAAAACCAUCGAGCUCAACAGCACAAUAGCAGACAAAUAUUCUGCAGAGUCAACCCAGAAAAAAACAACACUGUACUUUGAUGAAGAGCCAGAAUUAGAAAUGGAAAGCCUGACAGACUCUCCAGAAGAUAGGUCCAGGGGGGAAGGAUCUUCUAGUCUUCAUGCUUCCAGCUUCACUCCUGGCACAUCCCCUACAUCAGUGUCAUCGCUCGAUGAGGACAGUGACAGUAGCCCAAGUCACAAAAAAGGAGAGAGCAAACAGCAACGCAAAGCUCGGCACAGGUCACACGGUCCUCUUUUACCUACAAUUGAAGAUUCCUCAGAGGAAGAAGAACUGAGAGAGGAAGAAGAAUUAUUGAAGGAGCAAGAAAAGCAGCGGGAACUGGAACAGCAGCAAAGAAAGAGUUCUAGUAAAAAAUCAAAGAAAGACAAAGAUGAACUUCGAGCUCAGAGAAGGAGGGAAAGACCGAAGACACCACCCAGUAAUCUCUCUCCCAUUGAAGAUGCAUCUCCAACAGAAGAAUUGCGUCAAGCUGCAGAAAUGGAGGAGCUCCAUCGAUCGUCUUGUUCUGAAUAUUCACCUAGCAUAGAGUCAGAUCCAGAGGGUUUUGAAAUAAGCCCAGAAAAAAUAAUAGAGGUGCAAAAAGUUUAUAAAUUACCCACAGCUGUGUCUUUAUACUCACCAACAGAUGAGCAUGCUAUUAUGCAGAAAGAAGGUGGCCCAAAGGCAUUAAAAAGUGCUGAGGAGAUAUAUGAAGAAAUGAUGCAUAAACCCCACAAAUAUAAAGCUUUUCCAGCUGCAAAUGAACGAGAUGAAAUGUUUGAAAAGGAGCCUUUGUAUGGUGGGAUGUUAAUAGAGGAUUACAUUUAUGAAUCUUUAGUAGAGGACACAUACAAUGGUUCGGUUGAUGGCAGCCUGCUAACAAGGCAAGAAGACGAAAAUGGAUUUAUGCAGCAGAGAGGGAGAGAGCAAAAAAUAAGACUUCCAGAACAGAUUUAUGAUGAUCCUAUGCAGAAAAUUACAGACCUCCAGAAAGAGUUUUAUGAGCUAGAAAGCUUACAUUCUGUCGUGCCUCAAGAAGACAUUGUUUCAAGUUCUUAUAUCAUCCCAGAAAGCCAUGAGAUAGUGGAUCUGGGUAGUAUGGUAACUUCUACCAGUGAAGAAAAACAAUUACUAGAUGCUGAUGCUGCCUAUGAAGAGCUCAUGAAGAGGCAACAGAUGCAGUUAACACCUGAAUCCAGCACAGCCCAGCCCCCCGUCAGGGACGACAUGACGGAGCCCACUGUGGACUUUGAUAGGUUGCCCGAUGAAUCUUUGACAUCAAGUAUUCUUUCAGGAGCAUCUCUUACAGAUUCAACCAGCAGUGCAACACUCUCUAUUCCAGACGUUAAAAUAACCCAGCAUUUUUCAACAGAGGAAAUUGAAGAUGAAUAUGUAACCGAUUACACAAGAGAAAUUCAAGAGAUAAUUGCCCAUGAAUCGCUGAUUUUGACCUACUCUGAGGCUUCAGAAAGUGCUACAUCUGUCCCACCCUCUGAUACACCUUCCCUCACAUCAUCGGUUUCUUCAGUUUGUACCACAGAUAGCUCCUCACCCAUUACUACCCUGGAUAGCAUAACUACAGUUUAUACAGAGCCAGUAGACAUAGUGACUAAAUUAGAAGAUUCUGAGAUGAUUUUGUCAUCAACCUAUUUUCCAGGCAGCAUUAUAGACUAUCCAGAAGAAAUAAGUAUAUCUUUAGAUCAGACUACCAUACCAGAUGGUAGAACUAGUGCUGAUCAUAUUGCAGUUUCCUUAUCUGAUAUGACACCUUCUAUCUUAGAAUCUGAAGAAACUAAACCCAAGGGGCUAAUUGCUGACACUGUUUCCACUGACUUAUCUAUGUCUGAAAAAGGCCCAGUGAAGAAAGCCAAGAAGGAAACUGGGAAUGGAAUUAUUCUGGAAGUUUUGGAAGCUUACAGAGAUAAAAGGAAGGAGUCUGAGGCUGAACUAACAAAAACCAGCCUAUCUGAAACUGUGCAUGAUCAACCACCUUCUGGAACAGCCCUUCCAAUGAUGGAUCAAGUUUCAAGUGCAUACUUUGUAUCUGGAGAGGUCUUUGGUCAAGCAAAACCUGCAUCUCAGUUGCCAUCUGGCAGUCUUUCUGUUUCCUCUCUUCCAACUAAAACACGUCCAUUCCUACGAAGUUCUUCUUUGGACACAUCAGCUCAACCUCCUCCACCACUGCCUCCACCAACUUCGCCUAAACCUGCUAUUAUUCAUCCUAAAAAAAAGUUAACAGUUACAGCUCCAGUGACUCUAACUAUGACAGCUACGUCUCUAGUCGACGCUGUUACUACUGUAGAGACUCCAGAUGUUCCAAGGAGCAAUGGGUUACCUGUAACAAAAAUAUGUACCACUGCACCUCCUCCUGUUCCUCCUAAGCCAUCUUCAAUUCCAUCUAGGCUUGUAUUUACACAUAGACCUGAGCCAAGCAAACCUCCCAUUGCCCCUAAACCAUCAGUUCCUCAGCUUCCAAUAACUACACAAAAACCAACAGAUACACACCCCAAACUAACAGGUAUAUCUUCACCUUCAAAUAUGACAUUAAAUUUAGUCACUACAGCGGAUUAUAGAUUGCCUUCUCCUACCUCCCCACUUUCCCCUCACUCUAACAAAUCCUCCCCAAGACUUUCCAAAUCCCUCAUGGAAACGUAUGUGGUUAUCACGUUGCCAUCUGAACCCGGGACUCCAACAGAUUCUUCAGCUAGUCAGGCAAUUACCAGUUGGCCCCUCGGAUCACCCCUCAAAGAUAUGAUUGCCACCGAACCAGUAUUUUCUGUAGUUCCUCCUAUGGCAGCUACAGAAAUUUCAUAUUCAUCAGAACAGAGCCUGUACAUCCCAGGAGCUUUGCAGACAUUUUCUGCUAUCCCUGUCACAACACUGUCUUCAUGUCAAGCAGCCCCAAGUUCAUUUACAGAGUUUCUCACAACUGAAGUUUCUAAGGCUGAGGUUUCAGCAGCCAGAAGUACAGUCUCUGGUGUUGGUCUCGGCAGCGUCUCUAUAACAAUUCCUCCGGAGCCUCUUGCUUUAGAUAACCUGCAUUUAGAAAAGCAUCAGCAUAAAGAAAGUGGAAAGUUGCAACUUAUUGGUGAUGCCAUUGAUUUGCGUACAGUACCAAAAGCAGGAGUUAAAGUAACUGAAAAAUGUAUGGAUCUUUCUGCUUCUGCAGUGGAUGUGAAAAGGCAGACCACAGCAAAAGAAGCUUAUGGGAGACAAAUCAGUGCUGUCCAACCCUCUAUUAUAAAUCUCAGUGCAGCUUCCUCAGCAGCGACUCCAAUAUCCCUGGUCGCCGAGACAGUGGCUGCCGUCGCAUGCACAGCUGGUUACACCGCAGGCACAGAAAGCCUGGUGGGUGUAGAACACGCAGCACCACCACCACUUCAGCUUACUACAUCGAAGCAUGCUGAGCCCCCAUACAGGAUGCCAAGUGGCCAGCCCUUUCCUACAGUUAGGCAGGAAGCACCAAUAAACUUGUCUUUAAGUACUUCAGCACACCCAGCGACACUGGCUACUGCAAAGCCUGUUACUGUGCCUCCUGUUGGUGUCACAAAUGGAUGGACGGAUGGCACCACACCCCAGGGAAUCACUGAUGGUGAAGCGGUGGAUCUCAGCACCACAAAGUCUCACAGGACUGUUGUAACAAUGGAUGAGUCCACUUCAGGUGUGGUGACCAAAAUAAUAGAAGAUGAUGAAAAACCUGUUGAUCUGACCGCAGGGAGAAGAGCUGUGUGCUGUGAUGUGGUUUAUAAGUUACCUUUCGGAAGGAGCUGCACAGCACAGCAGCCUGCAGCUACUCUCCCUGAGGAUCGUUUUGGCUAUAGGGACGACCACUAUCAGUAUGAUCGAUCAGGGCAGUAUGGCUACAGAGGGAUUGGGGGAAUGAAGCCUUCCAUGUCUGACACUAAUUUAGCAGAAGCUGGACAUUUUUUCUAUAAAAGUAAGAAUGCUUUUGAUUAUUCAGGAGAAACUGAUGCAGCAGUAGAUCUAACUUCAGGGAGAAGUUCCGCAGGUGAGGUAAUGGAUUAUUCAAGCAAGACUGCAGGCCCAUAUCCAGAAACACGACAAGUCAUUUCAGGAGCUGGCAUUAGUACCCCGCAGUAUUCCACAGCAAGAAUGACUCCACCUCCAGCCCAGUAUGGUGUGGGGAGUGUUUUGAGGUCAACUAACGGGGUUGUCUAUUCUUCAGUGGCAACUCCAGUUCCCUCCACAUUUGCUAUCACCACACAACCCGGCUCCAUUUUCAGCACCACCAUGAGGGAUCUGUCUGGUGUGCAUACAACUGAUGCAGUGACUUCAUUAUCCACCUUGCACCAGAGCCAGCCGAUGCCUAGAUCAUAUUUCUUAACAACAGGUGCAUCUGAAACAGACAUUGUAGUAACUGGUAUUGAUAUCAAUGCCAGUCCUCAAACUAUUACUAUGGAAACUCUUACUGCUGAGACAAUAGACUCGGUUCCCACUUUAACCACAGCAUCUGAAGUGUUUUCUGAAGUGGUGGGAGAUGAAAGUGCUAUUUUAAUUGUCCCCGAAGAAGAUAAACAACAACAGCAGCUAGACUUGGAGCGUGAGCUCUUGGAGCUGGAGAAAAUUAAGCAACAGCGUUUUGCUGAGGAAUUGGAGUGGGAACGUCAGGAAAUUCAAAGGUUCCGAGAACAAGAAAAGAUCAUGGUUCAAAAAAAGCUCGAGGAACUGCAGUCUAUGAAACAGCACCUUCUCUAUCAGCAAGAAGAAGAGCGUCAAGCCCAGUUCAUGAUGAGGCAGGAGACAUUAGCUCAGCAGCAGUUACAGCUGGAGCAGAUCCAGCAGCUGCAGCAAAAGCUUCACCAGCAGCUAGAGGAGCAGAAGAUUCGCCAGAUCUACCAGUAUAACUACGACCCCUCUGGAACUGCUUCUCCACAAACCACCACGGAGCAAGCGAUGUUGGAAGGUCAGUACGCCGCUCCAGAAGGCGGUCAGUUUUGGGCGGCUGAAGAUGCCACCACCACCGCCUCGGCCGUUGUGGCAAUUGAAAUUCCACAAAGCCAAGGGUGGUACACGGUCCAGUCCGACGGCGUCACUCAGUACAUCGCCCCACCUGGCAUCCUGAGUACAGUUUCAGAAAUACCUUUAACGGAUGUUGUUGUGAAAGAUGAAAAACAACCCAAAAAGAGAAGCUCUGGAGCUAAAGCCCGCGGACAGUACGAUGAGACAGGGGAACAUCUGGCAGAGGAUCCCCGCUGUUUUAAAAAGAUAGUAGACAGUGGAGUGCAGACUGAUGAGGAAGAUGCUGCAGAUCGGAGUUAUGUGAGUAGGAGAAGGAAAACUAAGAAGAGUGUUGAUACCAGUGUCCAAACUGAUGACGAAGAUCAGGAUGACUGGGACGUGCCUACUCGGUCGAGGAGAAAAACUCGCGUAGCAAAAUAUGGUGACAGCACUGCAGAGGCUGAGAAGACCAGACCCCUUUCCAAAGUCUCCAGCGUAGGCGUCCAGACAGUGGCAGAGAUGUCUGUGCAAACUGAACCCGUCGGAACCAUACGGACACCUUCGAUACGGGCGCGCGUGGAUGCCAAGGUAGAAAUAACUAAACACAUUUCAGCACCCGAAAAGACUUACAAAGGGGGCAGUUUAGGAUGCCAGACAGAAGCAGAGUCAGACACACAGAGUCCUCAAUAUCUGAGUGCCACAUCUCCACCCAAAGACAAGAAACGCCCAACACCUUUAGAGAUCGGUUACUCAUCUCACCUUCGGGCAGAUUCCACCCUGCAGCUGGCUCCUUCCCCACCCAAAUCUCCAAAAGUCCUUUAUUCACCCAUCUCACCACUUUCACCAGGCAAAGCCUUAGAAUCAGCCUUUGUACCUUAUGAAAAACCCCUCCCUGAUGACAUAAGUCCACAGAAAGUACUGCAUCCAGAUAUGGCUAAAGUUCCCCCAGCGAGUCCUAAGACAGCCAAGAUGAUGCAGCGGUCCAUGUCUGACCCCAAGCCUCUGAGUCCAACAGCAGACGAAAAUUCCAGGGCUCCUUUUCAGUAUACCGAGGGCUACACGACUAAAAGUUCUCAGACCAUAACACCCUCUGGCACCCAGAAAAAAGUUAAGAGAACGCUGCCUAACCCACCUCCUGAGGAGACCUCAACAGGAACUCAGUCAACUUACAGCACAAUGGGCACAGUUUCCAGGAGAAGGAUCUGCAGAACCAACACCAUGGCACGAGCCAAGAUUCUCCAGGAUAUAGACAGAGAACUUGAUCUUGUAGAGAGGGAAUCUGCAAAACUUAGAAAGAAACAAGCAGAACUUGAUGAGGAAGAAAAGGAGAUUGAUGCCAAAUUAAGGUACCUAGAAAUGGGAAUUAACAGGAGGAAAGAGGCAUUGUUAAAGGAGAGAGAAAAGAGAGAGCGAGCCUACCUCCAGGGAGUAGCCGAGGAUCGGGAUUACAUGUCUGACAGUGAGGUGAGCAGCACCAGGCCAUCCCGAAUAGAAAGCCAGCAUGGCAUAGAGCGACCAAGAACUGCUCCCCAAACAGAAUUCAGCCAGUUUAUACCUCCACAAACCCAAACAGAAUCUCAGCUAGUUCCUCCUACGAGUCCUUAUACACAAUACCAAUAUUCUUCUCCUGCUCUUCCUACCCAAGCACCCACCCCAUACACCCAACAAUCCCAUUUUCAGCAACAGACUUUGUACCAUCAGCAAGUUUCACCUUAUCAGACUCAACCAACAUUCCAGGCUGUGGCAACAAUGUCCUUCACACCUCAAGCUCAACCUACACCAACCCCACAACCUUCUUACCAGUUACCAUCGCAGAUGAUGGUGAUACAACAGAAGCCACGGCAAACUACAUUGUAUUUGGAGCCCAAGAUAACUUCAAACUAUGAGGUGAUUCGCAACCAACCCCUGAUGAUAGCACCUGUUUCCACCGAUAAUACAUAUGCUGUUUCCCAUCUUGGUAGUAAGUACAAUAGCUUAGACUUGAGAAUAGGAUUGGAGGAGAGAAGUAGCAUGGCAAGCAGUCCAAUAUCAAGCAUCUCUGCAGAUUCUUUUUACACAGAUAUUGACCAUCAUACUGCACGAAAUUUUGUCCUAAUUGAUGACAUUGGAGAGAUUACCAAAGGAACAGCAGCAUUAACCACUGCAUUUAGUCUUCAUGACAAGGAUCUGUCGAAAACAGACCGUCUCCUUAGAACCACUGAAACACGGAGGUCUCAAGAAGUGACAGAUUUCCUAGCACCUUUACAGACUUCCUCCAGAUUGCAUAGUUAUGUGAAAGCAGAGGAAGAUCCAAUGGAGGAUCCAUAUGAGUUAAAGCUCCUGAAACAUCAGAUUAAACAAGAAUUCCGUAGAGGGGCAGAGAGCUUAGAUCACCUUGCUAGUCUCUCCCAUUAUUACCAUGCUGAUACUGGCUACAGACAUUUUCCAAAAUCUGAAAAGUACAGCAUUGGUAGACUCACACUUGAAAAACAAGCAGCAAAACAACUACCACCAGCCAUACUUUAUCAAAAGCAGUCCAAGCAUAAGAAAUCACUAAUUGACCCUAAAAUGUCAAAAUUUUCACCUAUUCAAGAAAGUAGAGACCUGGAACCUGAUUAUUCAAGCUAUAUGACAUCUAGCACUUCAUCUAUUGGUGGAAUUUCUUCUAGAGCAAGGCUUCUUCAAGAUGAUAUCACUUUUGGCCUCAGAAAAAAUAUUACAGAUCAACAAAAAUUUAUGGGGUCAUCUCUUGGCACAGGACUGGGCACAUUAGGCAAUACCAUACGGUCAGCUCUGCAGGAUGAAGCGGAUAAGCCAUACAGUAGUGGCAGCAGGUCCAGACCUUCUUCCAGACCUUCUUCUGUCUAUGGGCUUGAUUUAUCAAUCAAAAGAGAUUCUUCCAGCUCUUCUCUAAGACUGAAAGCUCAAGAGGCUGAAGCUCUAGAUGUUUCCUUUGGUCAUGCAUCACCCUCUGGCAGAACUAAACCUACCAGUUUGCCGAUUAGCCAGAGUAGGGGAAGAAUACCAAUUGUGGCCCAGAAUUCUGAAGAAGAAAGUCCACUCAGUCCAGUUGGCCAGCCAAUGGGAAUGGCCAGGGCAGCAGCUGGACCCCUGCCACCAAUAUCUGCAGACACCAGAGAUCAGUUUGGAUCAAGUCACUCAUUGCCUGAAGUUCAGCAGCACAUGCGAGAAGAAUCACGGACUCGAGGCUAUGACCGUGACAUAGCAUUCAUAAUGGAUGACUUCCAACAUGCCAUGUCAGACAGCGAAGCCUAUCACCUGCGUCGUGAAGAAACAGAUUGGUUUGACAAACCCAGGGAGUCUCGUUUGGAAAAUGGACAUGGUCUGGAUCGAAAACUGCCAGAAAGAUUGGUCCACUCUAGACCACUCAGUCAACAUCAAGAACAAAUUAUACAGAUGAAUGGGAAGACUGCGCACUACAUCUUUCCUCAUGCGAGGAUAAAAAUAACGAGAGACUCUAAGGAUCACACCGUUUCAGGGAAUGGAUUAGGAAUUAGAAUUGUGGGUGGUAAAGAAAUCCCUGGACAUAGCGGAGAAAUUGGAGCCUAUAUUGCCAAGAUUCUUCCCGGGGGGAGUGCGGAACAGACAGGGAGACUUAUGGAAGGGAUGCAAGUAUUGGAAUGGAAUGGAGUUCCUUUAACUUCUAAAACGUAUGAAGAAGUGCAGAGUAUCAUUAGUCAGCAAAGUGGGGAAGCAGAAAUAUGUGUAAGACUGGACCUCAACAUGCUAUCAGAUUCUGAAAAUCCCCAGCACCUGGAACUUCAUGAACCACCAAAAUCUGUGGAUAAAGCGAAAUCCCCAGGGGUCGAUCCUAAGCAGUUGGCAGCAGAGCUCCAGAAGGUUUCGCUCCAGCAGUCACCACUGGUUAUGUCUUCGGUCGCUGAAAAGGGAUCUCACGUUCAUUCAGGUCCUACAUCAGCUGGAUCCAGUUCUGUUCCCAGCCCUGGGCAACCUGGGUCACCCUCCGUGAGCAAAAAGAAACACAGCAGCAGUAGCAAGCCUACCGAUGCAACAAAGGUUGUCUCUCAUCCAAUUACAGGGGAAAUUCAGCUUCAAAUCAACUAUGAUCUUGGAAAUCUCAUAAUACAUAUUCUCCAAGCAAGAAACCUAGUCCCUCGAGACAACAAUGGUUAUUCUGACCCCUUUGUUAAAGUGUACCUUCUUCCAGGGCGAGGCGCCGAGUACAAAAGAAGGACCAAGUACGUGCAGAAAAGCCUGAACCCCGAGUGGAACCAAACAGUAAUUUAUAAAAGUAUCUCCCUGGAGCAGCUCAAGAAGAAAACACUGGAGGUGACAGUCUGGGAUUAUGAUAGAUUUUCUUCCAAUGACUUUCUCGGUGAGGUAUUGAUUGAUUUAUCUAGCACAUCUCACCUCGAUAACACUCCUAGGUGGUAUCCUCUCAAAGAACAGACUGAAAGCAUUGAUCAUGGCAAGUCCCACUCCAGUCAAAGUAGCCAGCAAUCCCCAAAGCCAUCUGUCAUCAAAAGCAGAAGCCAUGGUAUCUUCCCUGACCCAUCCAAGGACAUGCAGGUUCCCACCAUUGAGAAAUCCCACAGCAGUCCUGGUAGCUCGAAAUCCUCAUCUGAAGGCCAUCUCCGCUCUCAUGGACCAUCUCGCAGUCAAAGCAAAACCAGCGUCACUCAGACCCACUUGGAAGACGCAGGGGCUGCCAUAGCCGCUGCUGAAGCCGCCGUACAACAACUCCGCCUUCAACCAACAAAGCCUACCGGCCACCGGCCUGCGGAGAGCUCCGUGCCCACCGGCUCCUCGGGCAGCAGCCUUGGCAGUGGGUAUAGCGUGGACAGUGAAGGAAGCAGCACUGCAGGGGAGACUAAUCUAUUUCCUAUUCCAAGGAUAGGGAAGAUGGGGCAGAAUGGACAAGAUCCUAUAAAGCAGCCUGGAGUAGGAGUGGGCCCAUCAGACAGUGAAGUUAAAACUCAGGUAAUGGGAGAAAUCAAGAUUGCAUUGAAGAAGGAAAUGAAGACAGAUGGUGAACAAUUAAUAGUUGAAAUUCUCCAAUGCAGAAAUAUCACCUAUAAAUUUAAAUCCCCUGAUCAUUUACCAGAUUUAUAUGUGAAAAUAUAUGUGAUGAACCUUUCUACCCAAAAAAAGGUGAUCAAGAAAAAAACAAGAGUAUGUAGACAUGACCGAGAGCCUUCAUUCAAUGAAACUUUUAGAUUUAGCCUAAGUCCUGCUGGACAUUCUCUUCAGAUCUUACUUUUCUCCAAUGGAGGGAAAUUUAUGAAAAAGACCUUGAUUGGUGAAGCCUGUAUCUGGCUCGACAAAGUGGAUCUCAGGAAAAGAACAGUCAACUGGCACAAACUUUUGGUCAGUCCCACUCAAACCCACUGAAGAAAUGUGUCUGCUCAGGUUAUAGAACCUGCGCUAGCUGAUCUCAAAUCAAGACUAUAGUCGGACACUGUUGUGCUAAGCUAUGUUUUCAGGAGUGAAUGUGAGGGGAGGAACAACAGGCAAAAGUACAUUACAGCCUUGUGAAUGUGUUGCUGUGGAACACAGAAAGAAACUCAAAUGAUGUGUUUCAUGUAUCGAAGGCACACGCACACACAAAAGGAGCUCGAGACCUUGGAUUUCUUGGAGCUGUCAAGAAAAACAGUGAGAAAAGUUUUGAUUACUUAAUGUGAAAAUCUCUGAGCUGCGCAGAGUUGAGCUAGAGCUAAAGGCAGAGGCUCAAAGAUUAAAAUGGUUUCUAAUGGAGGCAAAAGUAGUCCUUUAUGCAAAAAGAACCUUGGUUGAAAGGAAAGAACUGAUGUAACAAAACUGUUUUUAAAAGUCCAAAAGUCUUUUUUUCUUCAUCUUAUCUUCUUAGACAACUUAUUUUGAGAUUCUUACAUGGGCUACACCUACAAUAUAUGUCCAAGACUAGAAGUAAGGUAGUUGUGGUCAUAGGAAAAAGGAACCGAAAAUGUAGAAAUUAUGGCUUUUAGACCAUAUUAUACAGGUUUUUCUCUGUCUAAAUGUUACAAAAGUGAACAACACUAAUUUUGGAAUACAUGUUGUAAAAGCACAUUUGUACCAUUUGAAAUAAUGUAGAAUGAAGAUAAUACUAGUAGAAAUGGGAUUACAUUUAUCUAGAAAUAAAGCCAGGACUGGCUAAAAAAGAAUAUUGUACCACAAAAUGUUGGAACCUUGGUUGAAAACAAAAUCUUCAUAAUUUAUCCUUACGCCAAGGCAUUUUCAAUCUACAUACCAAAGGACAUAGAUCAAAUUGGUAUGUUCUAGGAAGCAUGAUAAUUUCUUCUUUGUAGAAUUACAAAUGAAUGUAUUAUCCCACAUAUUUCAUUUCUCUUGAGUCAUGUAAUGACAGAGUGAAAAUUCUUCCUCUGGCAAGCAAAUCAUAGUAAUCUGAGACUUUGAUUAAUUAAAUUGGUGUCAUUUUCUGCUUUUUCAUAAUUUUUUUCUUAACACAUUUACUGAUUAUAUAAUGAAAACCCUGACACCAGACUCAAAUUCUCUCUCUGCUCCAUUUUCCUCCUUCAGUGACAAUAUCACAGUGAUCAAGUUCGUCCAUGUUGGGAAAAUAUGUAAAAAGUCAACAUUAUAUUAAGGUUAAAAUAUAAUUUGAACUAUUUUAAUAGUAUAGGAUGAAAGGACCAAUGUCUGUCAUUAAAAUGUUCUCCAUCUACCGACAACAUUAAUAGAAGAAGUAACAAGGAGUUGUAGGAAACACACUCAACUGGGAGUUAAUAGCCUGGCUUCCGGUCUUGGUUCUGCCACUGACUAACUGUGUCACCUUGCACAUGUCACUUAAACUCACUUUCCCCCAGUGUUAUUUGUUGGAUAAAGAAAUUAUGUAUUUCUAGGCUUCCUAAUGGGAUGUUAGGAUGACCAAACUAAGUGAUCUGUGAGAAAAUGAAAGCACAUUUCCAAGUAUAGUUUUAUACACAUAAAUGAGGAAUAAUUAUUAUGCAGCUUUUUAUUUUUCAAAUUUUAUAUGCAAAAAAGUAUCCUCCUAACCAAUGGCACACAUUAACCUGGAUAAGAGCAGUAUAUUAGUUCCAAAACUAAAUUUUUCUUUAAAAUAUAAAUUUUCAUUUAACCUGAAAAGAGGU